GAUCUUCUUCUCUUUUUAACAUAUUCCAAUUUUCUUCUUCUUUCAUCUUCUUCUCCUCUCAUUAUAUUCAUCAAACUCAAAUUGAAAUUUGAAAUAAGCUAUGUCUCUACAAUCUUAUCUAAAUGAGAAUCAGGUUCGUGCAGAUAUUGAUCAUCAAGCCCUAUUUCAAGAUAACGAACAUGUCAUAAAAUCUCCGGAGACCUUGCUAGAUCUACCUCCGGAGUCUUUUUGGAUCCCUAAAGACUCGGAACAAGAUUGGUUCGAUGAAAAUGCAACCAUACAACGUAAGACAUCGAUGAAACUAGGUUUUUUUGGAAAGUCAAAUGAUCAUCAUUCUAAAUCAUUCUCUCAUCAUCCUUUCACCUCGACGUUGAAUCAUCAUCAUCAUCAAAAUCCAAAAUCUUCAUCUCUAUUUGCUCUUCCAAAGUCUCAUAAAACUAGCUCGACCGACGUAAGUCUCCGGCAAGGCAAGCAACCGAGACGUUUAUUCCGAAGUCGGUCUGAACCGGGUAGAAAGGGUUCAACAAAUGUGAGUGAACCGGGUUCACCUAAAGUUUCUUGUACUGGAAGAGUUAGGUCAAAGAAAGACAGAGGUGUAAGAACCGGGUUUUGGAAAAAGCUAAGAACUAUUUUUAAGAUCCGGCCCAGAGCAAAAAGUGUGGCUAAUGUAAAUGUUGAACCGGCCGGUUCGGUUGGUGUGAACCGGUUGGAGACUAGUGACCGGUCAAAGUCAUAGAGCGGCAACUUAUUGGGCUUUACACGUAAGCUUAAUGGGCCCACUUUUGUUUGUCUCGUUAGGCCGUGAUUUGAGGCCUAUAAGGCCCAAUAGGCCCAUUACAAGGACUAUAAAUAGAUAUACGGGUCCCACCAUUUUGAUAUUUUCUCAAUUCUUUAAAUUUUGUAAAAUAUAUAUAAUAUAUAUUCAAUUUC